AUGGAUGUUCUAACAAUUAUUUUGUGGCUUGUAACAUUUCUUAUUCCCGCUACUUAUCUAUAUUUCAAAAAAAAAUAUUCGUACUGGAAAGAUCGCGGUGUGCCGUAUAUAGAACCACAGAUACCUUAUGGAAGUAUACAUGUCUCCACGGGUAUACGCGACGCUAUCGACAAGUUUUAUAAAGAAAAAACUAACUUCCCGUUUGUUGGUGCAUACAUGCUUACGGCCCCAUCGGUUGUGGCCACUGAUUUAGACUUCAUCAAGGAUAUCCUAAUUCGAGAUUUCAACUAUUUCACUGAUCAUGGAGUACCCCACAACGAGAAGGACGACCCGCUCUCUGCAAAUUUAUUCGUUCUGGAUGGUCAAAAGUGGCGCACACUACGCACAAAAUUGUCUCCAACAUUCACCUCUGGUCGGAUGAAAUUUAUGUUCCCCACAGUACGUGAUGUUGCGGAUAGAUUCAAUGAAACCCUAGCUGAGCUUGUGAAGAAUCAAAAAACUCUGGAAGUAAAAGAUCUUUUGGCACGUUUCACAACCGACGUCAUUGGAACCUGUGCUUUCGGAAUUGAAUGUAAUAGUUUAAAGGACCCCGAUGCGGAAUUCCGUUGGUAUGGACGUAAACAGUUGGAAAACCCGCCUCACGGACCACUUGUCACGGGCUUGAUGGGGAUGUUUCCAAAAAUCAGCAAUAUGCUGGGUUUAGUGCGAACCCAUCGCGAUGUUACCAAAUUUUUCAUGGGUAUUGUUCGGGAGACAGUCGAUUUUCGUGAAAAAAAUAAUAUUCGGCGAAAUGAUUUCAUGGAUCUAUUGAUUCAGUUGAAAAAUCAUGCGACACUCGAGGGAGAAGAUCACGAGAGUAUUGAUUCAAAAAUAAUUAAAAAGCUAACUUUGGAGGAGCUAGCUGCACAAGCGUUUAUAUUUUUCAUUGGAGGAUUCGAAACUUCGUCUUCAACCUUGACAUUAACUCUCUACGAACUAGCUAAGAACCAGGACAUACAGGAAAAGUGCAGAACAGAAAUAAACAACGUGUUGGCAAAAUAUAAGGGCGAGCUAAGUUAUGAGGCGAUGAAUGAAAUGCAUUAUGUGGAACAAACUAUUUUGGAGACUCUACGCAAAUAUCCAAUUCUACCAGUAGUUGUUCGUCGAUGCGUUAAAGACUAUCGUGUGCGCGGUACCAAUGUCAUUAUUGAAAAAGGAACAGCAGUUCAUAUUCCAAGUUUUUCAAUUCAACAUGAUCCUGAAAUUUAUCCUGACCCCGAGAAAUUCGACCCCGAUCGGUUCACACCCGAAAAUGUUAAAUUGCGACAUUCUGUUUCAUUUUUAAGUUUCGGUGAUGGACCUAGAAAUUGUAUAGGAUUGCGUUUUGGGAAGAUGCAAUCCCGGAUUGGACUUAUAACGUUGUUGAAGAACUAUCGAUUCCAUCUAUCAUCAAAAUCACCUAAUCCGCUAGUUUUUUCUAAGAAAAGUUUUAUACUUGCACCUCAAGGUGGAAUGCACUUAGAUAUUGAAAAAUUGAAAAAUACCUUUUACUCUGCAUAA